AUGGAGAAAUUCAAAAAAUGGCGAAAAGAACGCCGAGCGACCGCCAAUGCGUCUAGACAAACAUCCCAAUCAGAACCGCCAACCCCACGCUAUGAAACGGACCCUCCUCCGGAGCCUGUUCCAACACAUGUCCACCGAUUUGGAAUCAAGGUUCUUCAUGACUGCCCGGAUCCGGUUGUUGAUAUCUGUUUCAUUCAUGGCUUGACUGGCGACCGUGAUAAAACCUGGACCGCUAUAGGACAAACCACGCCAUGGCCGAAAACACUGCUCCCCUCAAAGCUCGACGGGCGAAUAUUGACUUACGGCUACAAUGCGCAUAUUGCCCAAAAAUCCGUCGCUUCGUCGAAUCGCUUGAUUGAUCAUGCCCAAAACCUUUUAGGUGAUCUCACAGCAGACAGAGGCUUUUCCAAUGCGUCUUCACGCCCACUCAUAUUUGUUGCUCAUAGUCUGGGAGGUCUCGUUUGCAAAAAGACCAUUCUCCUUUCUCAAAACUCUGCAGAACCUCAUUCCCGCGAGAUAUUUAAUUGCCUAAAAGGCGUGGUAUUCAUGGGUACCCCACACAGGGGAGCUUGGAUGGCAGACUGGGCCAAGAUUCCAGCGUCUGUAUUCGGCAUCGUCAAAUCUACCAAUGUUGUGCUUCUUGAUAUAUUGCAAAGAGACAAUCAGCUUUUGGAUUCAAUUCAAGUCGACUUUUUGACUAUGAUCAGAAGACUUAAAGAAGGUGGUAGAGGAAUUCAGAUCACAUGCUUUUUCGAGGAGCUUCCCUUUCCUAUUGUAGGAAAGGUGGUGACGCAGGAAUCGGCAACACUUGAUGGAUAUGAGAUUUAUAGCAUAUAUGCAAAUCAUCGAGAUAUGGUCAGGUUUGGUUCGGAAGAGGACCCUGGGUUCAAGCGGUUGCUCUGGCAGCUUCAUAAUUGGACAUCUCAAGUCGAUGCUGACGAUCGAGCCUGUAUACGAGAUUUGCAGACGACUGAUCCGCGAGACGAUAAAACACGUAUCGAAGCCACCAAAGGCGGCCUUUUGAGAGAAUCAUAUCGCUGGAUCUUCAACAAUGAUAAGUUUCUUGACUGGAAACUUCCUGAAAAGGGACCCAAACUACUCUGGAUUGAUGGUGAUCCUGGCAAGGGGAAAACUAUGUUGGUUUGCGGUAUUCUAGAUGAAAUAUCUCCUGACAGCGAAGGAGUCAUCUGCUUCUUCUUCUGCCAGGCUACAGAUACACGCUUGAACAGUGCGAGUGCUGUGUUGCAGGGACUACUUUCUAUGUUGAUUGAACAGGAACCCUCGCUUAUCAGCCACGUUCGUGGGAGGUAUGACGUCUCAGGCAAGCGGCUUUUUGAUGGCCCCAACUCGUGGCAAGCUUUAUCCAAGAUAUUUCUUGAUGUGCUGGAUCAUAUUGAAAGUGCUUGUCUCAUAGUUGAUGCACUCGAUGAAUGCACCACAGGACUAUCCCAGCUUUUGGACUUUAUCACCCAAGUGGCAUCUACUCAUACUCAUAUCAAGUGGAUUGUUUCAAGUCGAGUCCGACCAGACAUCAAGUCUUCUAUGGAUAUGAUACCGGCGAACAAAAUUAUUGAGCUAAAGUUGGAUGACAAAUGCAUCUCCGAUGCCGUCAAGAUCUUUAUCAAAAGAAAGGUGCAACAACUGGCAAAGCUUAAGAAGUACACCCAGCAGAUCUUCGACGCUGUUUAUUCUCAUUUGAUCCAAAACGCGCAAGACACAUUUCUAUGGGUGGCCUUGGUCUGUGAAAAAUUGGGGCAAGUACCAAGAUUAAAAACCAUUGAGAGGCUUACAGCUUUUCCUUCCGGCCUUGAUGCCCUGUAUCGAGGAAUGCUUCAGCAAGUCUGUGAGCAAGAAGAUGCAGCUGUUUACAAGAGCAUUUUAGCAACCAUUGCCACAUUGGAACGGCCAGUUUCUAUUGCUGAACUUGUACCUUUCAUUGAUGUGCAUUGUGAUCUACUAGAUGAUGACUAUGAAUCCGUUGAGGAGAUGAUAGGGUACUGUGGCUCUUUUCUCAAGAUUGUUCAGAAGACAAUCUUCUUCGUCCACCAAUCUGCAAAGGAAUACUUACUGGAGAAGGGCGCCAACUACUUAUUGCCCAAUGGAGUUGCAAGUCAACAUCGAAUCCUAUUCUUACAGUCCAUCAAAGCCAUACAUGAGACUGUUAGGCGUGACAACUGGGGAUUGAAAUCUCCCGGUGUCUCUAUUAAUCAUGCCCAUGCCAGAAAACCCCAUCCAGAUCCCCUGGAAAGAGUAGGAUACUCGUGUGUGCAUUGGAUCGAUCAUUUACUCUACUGUCAACUUGGGAGUCUGAAUCAGGAUAGCUUCAACGACGGAGGGAGGAUAAGCGAAUUCCUAUCACAAAAAUUUCUUCAUUGGCUGGAGGCCUUGGGUCUUUUAGGGCAAAUUCCAAAAGGGUUAGCCGCAAUCCUCAAGCUGGAAAGUCUUCUCAACACUUCAAUGACCCAGGACGCUUAUCAUCUAAGCAAUCGUGUCCAUGAUGCCCGCCGGUUUAUUCAAUACUUUGGACUUGUGAUCGAGGAAAAUCCCUUACAAGUUUAUUUUUCACCUCUGGUCUUCAGUCCUAGUCAAAGCAUGACCAAGGUUACUUUUCAAGAUGAGGCACCCGAUUGGAUUAUCACAGAGCCAGGGGUGACUGCCUGGGGACCCUGUCUCCAAACAUUGGAAGGGCAUAACUACGGUAUCAACUUUCUGAGCCAGUCCCCGGAUAACUCACGCUAUCUAUCAUCAUCUAUGGAUGGUGCCAUCAAGCUUUGGGACUUGAAUACUGGUGGAUGUACGUUGCAGUUGGAUGGGCACCGCGAAGAAAUUUCAUCUGUUCUCUGGUCACAGGACGGAUCAUCUCUGGUCUCUGCAUCUCAUGACAAAACAAUAAAGGUUUGGGAUUUGUCCAGCGGAAAAUGUACAUCGACUCUCGAGGAGCAUUCUGAAUGGGUGACAUCUCUUUCCUGGUCUCCUGAUGGAAAAAACGUCAUAUCGGUGUCAGAUGACGGGUCUGCUAAAAUAUGGGACCCAGCAAGCGGUUGCUGCACAAAGACUGUUGUCGGCGAAGCGGACGUAAAGCUUUCUGUCCUCUGGCCUUUGAGUGAGACAACCCGAUUGAUCACUGUAAAAAAAGAUGAUGAGAUCAAAGUCAUGGAUUUAGCCACUGGGAAGUAUAUUGCCACCCUGGAAGAGUCCAUCAAAGAUAUCGACUCCAUAAUGGGAUUGGGAGACGGAUUUCGCCUUAUUUUGACAGCUUCACAUAGUCGGCAGAUCAUGUGGAACUUUUCUACGGGAAACAUAAUCCCCCUUCACGAAGAAGGAUUCAAAUACAACUUGAGCCUGCGAAAGUUAUCUUUCGACGAAAAGCAACUUGCAUCAUCAAUUGGGUUCGACAUCAGCAUUUGGGAUUUGUCCCUUGGUCAACGCAUAUCCACAUUGUCUGGACAUCUGGGAGUAGUACAAUCAAUGGUAUGGUUCCAUGACGGGAGGAUAGCAUCGUCUUCCUCUGAACGCGAUAUCAAAAUAUGGGAUAGUUGCUCUGGUCAGUGCCUGUCAACUUUGAAGGGGCAUCAUGAAUCUGUUCGGUCAUUGCUUUUAUCUCACGACGAGAGUCGACUCAUUUCUGCUUCAAUAGACAAGACUCUCAAAAUAUGGAAUCUUGAUCUACAAGAACGACAUGAAGGAUCUGACUGCGAAAUAGAUUCCGUUAUCAAGUCACACGAUGCAAGGUUUUUUGGCGUUGUGUCAGAUCACUGGGUCAAAAUCUUGGAUUCGGCCACUGGAAAAUGCGUCUCGAUUUUCCAAGCAGGAGAUGAUUAUAUCCUACAAGCUUCCUGGUGUCAGAAUGACUUGCUCGCAAUUGCACUCAGAGACGAUAUGGUUAUCAGAUUGUGGAACCCCAACAACAACAAACUAGGGUUGGAGUUUACUUUCGAUACUCAGGUUUCUCCCAAGUCAAUAUCUGGAUCUCUCGAUGGGAAACUUCUCUCCUCCAUUUGUCACAUGGGACCCAAUAAAAAUAUUACUCAGAUGUGGGAUUCAAUUACAGGUGAAUGUUUAUACAGUGCUUCGCUCGAGGCGGCUGAGACGAAGAUGGUUGGGACAAACAUAACAUGGUCUCCCAAUGGCAAACGGUUUGCUUCCGUAUCAGUUGGUGAGCUCAUAAAUAUCUGUGAUGCGACCACGGGUCAGCUUGAGAGCCAUCUACAAGGCCACCAGAAUCCAGAUAGACCCAAGAAGGCGUGGCAGGUAAACAAGCAUGGUCUCAUCCAGGAUCCUUUCAGUGGUCAGUGGAUUAGUGUGAUGGGGUCUUACAGUAUUUGGAAUAAAAUCGUACAGAAUACGUUCCUGAGCUGGUCGAUGGAUGGUAAGUGGCUUGCUUCAGCGUCACUUCAAACGACUAAAAUCUGGGACGCUGCAACUGGUCACUGCGUCCUUACGCUUGAUAUCGGGCGACAUGCGGGCAAGAUUGAGUUUUCGAGACUUGAACCUGGCUCUUUAGACACAAGCAUUGGCUCCUUUGACCUUGAUCCCUACCUUUCCACCCCUGCCCCCGCUGCUGGCCAUUUGUUAGCUCGGCCACAGCCGCAGGGAUACGGGCUGAGCGACGAUUAUACAUGGAUUACAUGGUCUGGUGUUAACUUGCUAUGGCUACCUCCAGACUAUCGCCCAGACUCUUUCAAACAGACAUCUAUUCACGGGAAUACGGUAGUCAUUGGCUGCAUGAAAGGCCAAGUUUUGGCAUUGAAGUUCACCAGGGAAGGUCCCUUUUGA